AUGAUGGCUCUGGUACCUUGGCAUUGGAAGACAUCAGCAGUCGUCCGAGCUGUCAGCUUGGCUUCUAUUGUAUCGACCUCAUCAAGACUCUGCUAUUCCGCUUAUGCCUUUCCAUCACUCCUCCCAAACCGAAGAUUGCCCUCUCCAUGCCACCUCCCAAAUGGCCGCCGUUGCCAUCUUCAUGCGACAUCCAGCAGUAGCACACAACAAGCCCAACUGGAUAGUACUGAUGUGGAUCACAUGAAUUUGGCCUUGGAGUGUGCCAAAAAAGGUUUCGGUAACACGUAUCCCAAUCCAGCUGUUGGUUGUGUGUUGGUACGGCAAGAAACCAAUCAAGUGAUUGGAAAGGGAUUUCACCCCCGGGCUGGGUAUCCACAUGCUGAGGUCUUUGCAUUAUUGGAAGCCACUGGCCAUUUAGAGGAUGGAGUCAAAGCCGCUGCUGCAGUGGUUGCGGGGUAUCCUCCGGCUCGUGCCGAGAAAAAGAAGACAGACUCCUUGACCCAAACUCUCGACUUGGUCGAGGAACUCACCCAACAAUACGCAUCGGAAAAUGGCCCAGAACAACUAUUAUCCGACGACAGGACCUUUCAAGACAUUCCUGUUACGGCAUAUGUGACGUUGGAACCAUGUUGUCACUAUGGGAAAACUCCUCCAUGUGCUGCCUCUCUCGUCCAAGCCAAAGUAUCCCGGGUCGUUGUUGGAUUUCGGGACCCCAAUCCAAGAGUUGAUGGAGGUGGAGUACAGCUAUUAACGGAUGCGGGUGUUCAAGUAGACAUGAUGGGAGAUGGCGACAAUGAUGAUUCUCUCAAAAUGAACGAGGCAUGUCACAAUUUGGUAAAAGAUUUUGUCAAGAGAAUCACACCGCGUGAAGAUUUCUCGGGAGAUUAUUCCUACGUUACAGGUGCCAUGCGACGGGGUCUCCGAGCCCAUGCAUCAAGGCUCAAAGCCCAGAAUAAAAUGGCCGAGAUGGUAUGGAAGGGUCCCAGCUUAUCCGAUCAGGAUGCCUUGACCGAGGAAGCCAUUAUCCAAGAGUUGUUGCCGUUUGACCCAUCGUGGCUCGAACGAUUGGACCAUCUCUUGUGGCAAAACGAAGUUGUCCUGCUCCGCCUGGGCAAAGCCAUCAAGAGAAAAAAGGGUGCCAAGUUGCUUGGUGAACUGAUUGCAGAAGAGCUUGAGGCACAUGUGGCGCAAACGGUAGGCCACACGGCAUUGCUGUAUCGACCCGGUCUGCCACCUGAUUUGGAUCUGGAGGCUCUGAGAGAAAAGAGUACUGAUGCUACCAGUAGCUAG